UCGAAUCAAAAAUUCCUUUAGUGACUCGCAAUUAUGCCAAUGGGAUUGUGGAGCGUGUGUAUACACAGGCACACAAACACAAGACCGUGUAGUGCGUGCACUGAAAAGUAUACCAUGUUCUGAAUGUACACAUGUCUAUUCCUGUUCCUCCAUCCCUGGAGCUUUUGUUUGGGAACAACAGGCAAAAUGUAUACAUGCUUACUUCAUGCGGGGCGAUGUUCAUAGAGCCGGGUGAGGAGUGUGCAACAACGUCAAACUCAAAAAAGAGAUAAAAUGUCACUUCCCAGCCGGCAUAGUUUACAAAACAAGUCCAGAGUCCAGAUAUAGGGAAUCUGCUUUAUUAAGUGCGUUAAAAAGGUUUUUAAUUCCGACGGUCUAACUUUUACUGGCUGUCAAUUGGACCGCUUACGGAUGUCCCUGCAUAACGUAAUCUUUGGUGUCCAGUUCCAGUUUCGUCUGCAGUUCCAGAUUCAGUCACGCCUUCUGCUCGGUCCGCGCAGCAGAGUUUGCGCACGCCCGUUAUCUUAUUCUUCCGUUGCAUGUUUUUUUUUGCAUGAAGCGCUGUAAUAGGUUCCUUUCCCCACACCCUCUUGACAGUUCGAGGAUGUGGGCGAGCAGUUGCUUCCAUUGCUAACCAAUUCGAGGGGGUUUGUCUGCAUCAAAGUUGAAUGGUGUACAUUUGCAGGUUGUGUGUGUGAGCAUUAAAAUGUGUUGUUACCGGUACCAAAUGUAAACAAAGUCCAGUGACAAACAUUGAAUUUUUAAGUUUUUCAUAGUCCUGGUGACUUUUCCGCAGUCGCAACUGAGCUACUGAGCGCCAGGCACCUCAGAAGAAAGCAGCAGGAUGUUGAUCCGCUGGAAGAGCAAGGAUAAGAGCGCCUCCUCCAGCCAAAGCGCCUGCGGCAGCAGCAGCUCCUCCUCAAAAAAGAAACGCAAGGGACGCGAGGGCGAAGAAGAUUGGCAGAAUGACGCCAAGUCGGGACGAGUUCCUUCAAGCGAACAGGUCGGCGACGAGAGACGUAGAGCCAUGCGACGCGACGAUCCGCGGCGCCACACGCUCGGUGGUGACAUAUUGGUGUACGGCGGCCCUCAGCACCCCCAUGCCCAUCAGAUGGCACCCCAGCAACAGCGCGCCAUGGACUUGGAGAUGAGUACGCGCGCCCAGAAGAACAAGAAGAACCAGCCGAUGCGGGGAUAUGCGCCCGUUAAUCAGGGACCGCUGUUCGAUGACGAUCCGGGCAUCAUGUCAGAAGUGGAAACGGCCAGCACCGGAUUCCGGAGGGGCGGCAAGCAGCGCUCUUCGCUCCCCGUGGUACGCACGCCAUCCAAAACGCUGGAGCGGCCGCUGGGAUUGGUUUUUCUGCAGUACCGCUCGGAGACGAAGCGCGCCCUGCUACCCAACGAGAUCACCUCGAUCGACACGGUGCGCGCCCUGUUCGUGCGCUCGUUCCCGCGCCAGCUGACCAUGUCCUACUUGGAGGGGCCCAACGUGAAGAUCUAUAUUCACGACGCCAGCAAAGACAUGUUCUACGAACUGGAGGACGUGCGUUCGCAUCUGCGCGAGAUCCGCGAUCGCUCCGUGCUUCGCCUCUUUGAGUCCACCGAGGUGGCGGCCCCACCCCAGAUCCUGCCCGGCGGCCCUGGCAUCCCGCAGCCGCUUCCCCCGGCACAGGCAAACUGGGACCAGGACCAGAGCUAUUUCAGCGAACCGGAGUUUGACUCGGACUACAAGCAUCAGCACAUUCACAAAUCAAAGAUUGGCAAACAGCCGGCGCCCUAUUACGUGGGAUCGUCGCAGACCCUGCCCCGCGGCAUGUACUCAUCAGAACGAAACAAGGUGUCGAUGGGAGCGCCUGUGAAACCACUCAGAUCUCUCAAUCCAAGGGGUAGCAUGGAACCCCUGUUCCCCUACAUCCCGGAUCAGUUAUACAGCAUUCCAGACGGCUACACCAGUUCUCCGGAACGCGGCAGCCGCGGAAACUACGAGGAGCCGUACUACAGCCAAUACGGCACAAGGGGCACUGUCGUGGCCCCCAUCAUCGACGAGGAGCAGAGCGACGGAACCAUGACCGAGGAUCAGUACGCCCUGUACGGCAUAAAGGUGGGACCGGGACCCAACCGCCUAGGCCACCGCGGCAACCAGAUCUACGACCCCACUAGGCCCGAAGACUUGCACCGCAUUCGCGUGGAGCACAUGGAACGGCAGCUGGCGAACCUCACGGGAUUGGUCCAGAAGGCUCUGGUUAACCAGAACCCCCAGAUCGCUCCUCUAGCUGUGCCCACCCUGGACCCGAAUUAUCUUGUCGUGCCAACGCAGAUGCAAGCCAAUGGUUCUGGGGACGAGCUGUACAUACGGGAGAAAGCUCCCAAACUGGGCAAGAACUCCUGCCAAAAAUCCGUGUCCUUUGAGAAGUCCGUAUCGUUUAGUGAUGACAUACAGGGAAUACCAAAGUCUCACAACCCUCUACAUGCCGCUGACACGAAGCCAACCAAGCCGGCAAUCAAGUCGUCCACCCUACCACGCACCUCGUCACAAGAGCGCGACCGCCUAAAGCCUCCUCCGCCGCCCAAGCCGAUUGUACUGGCCCAGACCACUCAUCCCAAUUACCGGGCGGAUAUUGCACUGGCCCCCGAGGUGUACAAUCAUCUGCGUGGCUUGCAAAAGAAAGCCAAGGAUCUGCGGAUGGAGGUGCGCACCUUACGGCGCCUCUCGCAGGCCCAGGCUGUCGCCGUACGCGAGGACAUUAAGGGCACUUUCAUGCGUAUUCGGGCCACGCUGCUAGCGAGCAGCGGCAGCUUUUGGGACCACCAGGGCGACCAGGACGCCACUCGCAUUUCGCGCGAGGAGGAGCUCUACAAGCAGGAGGUCAUCCGCCUAGAAAAGGACCUGAGCGACCUGGAGGGGUCGGUGGAAAACCUGCGCGGCGAGGUAAUUAACCGGCGCACCCGCGUCAACAUGACCGCAGUGGAGGAUAUGGCUUUGGUGCUGAGUCGCGCUAGCAAAACUGUCGCUGAGCUGAAGCUUAAGUUCCCGGCACUCUCAAAUGGCUUGCGCUGCAUCCUGUCUAACGAGAUGGAGAAGGUGGUGCGAGAAGAAAAGUUCCUCAAAGAAGAGCCCGACCGCUUGGAGUCGGCGCUGCGGCGCUGCAAGAAGCUGACUGGCACAUUGGUGACGCUCAAACGCUUGGCCAGCGUGCAGGAGCAACGGCUACCGCCAAACGAGCCGACUAUCAGUGAGGAGCCACCGCGGUCCGCGGACAUCUCGGCGCCCGACAAGCCAAUCCCAACACCCAGGAUGGGGUCGUUCGCUCUCAGCGGGGGACUCGCACCCGAAAACGCACUCGAUGCUUUGCUAGAUGAGCUCAAGACAUUCUCCAAGCCCAUUGCCCAACAACAGCAGCAACAACAGCAGCCACACCAGCAACUAUACGAGAUUCGGCCGGAGGAUUCGGCAUCCGAUGAGAGCGCCCAGGCCGCAGUACAAAGCACAGUCACCACGCAAAUUUCGCAGGCCCGUCUCUACACGGAGGCGAGCGUCAACAUGCAGCAGGCGACCACUGGCAGCAUGGUCAUCGCUGUCGCCUCGGGCAGUGUGCCAGCUCAAGCCCAGCGCGGCGUGCUCAUCCACCAGCAUUCACAGUCGCAGUCGCAGCAUUCCUAUCAGUCCCAGUCCCAGUCUCAGUCCCAGUUACAGGCUCAGCUUAUGGUGCAAACCAACAUGGGCAGCCUGCGCCGCCUGCACUCCUACCCCAGCGAGUCGGACGGCGAACUGCAGGCCAGCGAGGCGGCACUAGCCAACGGUGGCGGCAGCAGCAAGCCACCCGUGCCCGAGCGAAACGCUGAAUUGAUCACCAAGGUGGGCCACAAGCGCAUCCCGCCACCUCCGCCGCCACGCACCAGCUCACGCAGUCCACUGGCCAGUCCAACCAGCCCAAACAUGCCACAGAACCAGGCUACCACAGCCGCAGUCAAUGUCAAUUUAAAUGUCAAUUUGAAUGCCAAUGCUAAUGCCGCCGGAAACAGCGUCGUGGGUGACGCCAUCGUGGCCAGCGGCGACACCUCCAGUGGGGACAACUCAAGCGGCAACGAGUCCGGCAACGACCACGUCCAGCGCCAGGUGGCGCUCGAGAUGCGUCACCAGGAGCUGCUUAAGAAGCAGAAACUGCUGCAGGAGCAGUACCAGCGGCUGCAGCAGAUGAGCAAGCUGCCAUCGGUGGACGUGCCGCAGACGCAGGACAUGGCCGGUGGCAGCAACACGCUACGCAAACUGGGCAGUGAGUCCAACAUCCAGCAGAAGAUUGCCGCAUUGAGUCUAGCUUGUGAGGCUAGUGGAGCCGCAGCUGCGGCGGCGGCGGCUGCUGCGGCUACCAAUGGUGUGUUGGCCAGUGAUGCUACGAGAGGUGCGAACGGCGGCGCGCUGGGUGGUGGGGGAGCUGCAGGGGCGGCUGGUGCGGGCGCUGCUGCUGUUAACUCGAAUUUGAAUUUGAACUCCCAACACCAGACAGCUCCGACGACCACCAAACAGCUGUACGAGACCGAGAUACUUUAACACAACUGGAAAUUGGCGUGGAACGAAGCAAAAAUCGACAUUUAAUCGGAGCGGUCAGGCGUCUGAAAUUGAAGUUAAAAUUUAAGCAUGGGCAAGUCAAACCGAAGUCUAUCAACACCACCUUCAUUAUUUGUGUGGACGUGGAUUAUGAUUUCGAUAAGAAUAAGAAUAAGAAAAAAACGUUGGCAUUUACAGCCCCUGGUCGCUCGCACUCAGACAUUAUCAACGCUGACAAAACAGUACAGAACCGAUAGUUAUGAAUGAAUAAUAACAACGAACACCAUUUCGUUUGUCAGUGUGAGCAAAGGCUCACACCGUACUUGUAUUUACUAUCAUCUAAUUGUCGUACAUAAAUGUGUAUUUGCACAACUCCAGCAGUUUGUUAGGUGUUGUCUUAGAAAUCGCAACGCAAAUGAUAGGAAUCAAAGCAAAAACAAAUAUCGAAUCGAAUCACAAAAACCGUGCAUAUGUGUAAUACGUAAUCACCAUUUGUGCAACCCCAUAACAAGUGGGCAUGGCCCUAUAAACACACCCAGAUGAAUGUAUUUAUGUAUGUAUUCGCUUACAUUGAUGUACAUGUUGCAUGUUGUGUUUUUGUUGUUGUUUCAAUGAAGUUGCACAUAGGUCAAGAGCAGGAAGGGAAGCGAUCAGAGCCCCACCAAAUUGCACAAUACUACGACGCAGUCGAAGAUUGAGAUGGAACACAAAAUGUUUUUCAGCACGAACACCCCCAGCACUAAGCCUCAAUAUAUCAGUCUGUGUGGAUGAGUCAAUGCCCAAGCUGCACUCUUUGACCCAUAGUCCAGGACCUAGGACCUGGCCACAACACCACAACCACACGUAGAACAAAGAUUCCUCAGCAUAGCCAAGCACAACGGCACUACGAACAUAAACCGAUUUACAAUUAACUAUUAUGCAUAUGUACAGAUUUACGUAUGUACUUCAAAUAUGUCAUAGAUUUUUAUUAUUACCUUGGACGUGAGACUGAUAGUUCUAUAUAUGUAGCUCACAAUAUAUAUACAAUAUGAAAUACGAAUACGAAAAUAUUGUACUUAUUUUUAUUAAAAAAAGUGAUUAGCUAA